UAAGAAGAAAAAGCUAAUCUGCUGCACCUAUAUUGAACUAAUGUGUAAAAAUAUUCACGGUAUUAAAAGUUUCAAAGCUGAUUUCGAGGGCUCGCUCAUUUCCGUGAAUGCUAUCCCACGAAGAUGACUUCCCAAUUGUUGUUUCAACACUGUUAAAUUCAUUCUAAUUGAAAACAAUUCGUACAAAAACAACCUGCUGAAUGUCGUUUCCCAGGGGGAAUUUGGCACUAGGCCGCUCACAGUGGCUAGUCGGGCAGAGCUUGGAGAGUGAUUGGAGGAUGCACGGUAACAGCAACAGAGCUUACUACUGCAAUUAUUCAAACUCGAACCCGGAUCCCAACGCCCAGGCCCUGGCAGGUCCUAUGCCCGAGAAUAAUCCUCAUCAGCAGCCUCCAUGGGGUUGGCCAACAUAUGUAACGGGGGACGCUCACUACAGGGCAGUCAAUGAAACAAAUGCCAAUUUGAGAAGUAAUGAAGGCUAUGGCGAAAGACCGCGCAGCAGGCCUCCUUACAGGGGCGGAAGUGGCAACGUGAGAGGUCAUUAUUUGUACCCAAAUGCGUAUACCAGCCCAAAUCCAACCAUAGUGCCCAGGAAUUUUGAUAGGCCAUUGCGUACACAGCCUCCCGAUGAUCAUCGGCACUGGCAGUAUGCUCUCAGGCUACCUCCAUCUCAACAUGAACGGUUUACAAUACUAUCAUACAACAUUCUUGCUGACUAUCUUGUCAGGGAUCACUCGCAACAACUUUACCUACACAUACCUCAUUAUAUAUUGGACUGGGACUGGCGCAAAAAAAGAAUACUACUGGAGCUGGGCCUGUGGUCUCCUGACAUCAUGUGCCUGCAGGAGGUGGACAAAUACCAGGAUCUGUUACUAGAACUCAGACAAAGAGGCUAUGGUGGUGUAUUUAAGGAACGCACUGGCUUGGCAAAAGAUGGUUGUGCUAUUUUCUGGCGGACAUCACGAUUUGAAUUGCUUCAUGAAGAAUUUAUUGAAUAUAGUAAGCUUGGUCUUCGGGAUAAUGUUGCACAAAUUUGUGUUCUACAGUCAAAAUAUGUGGGCACUGCACAAGCGGGAGCUAGUUAUUUGGAAAGCAGUGGUCAGGAACGAAAGCCAGUGAAUCGUGUGGUAGUGUGUAACAUUCAUGUACUUUUUAACCCAAAGAGAGGCGAAGUUAAACUAGGACAGGUCAGAGUGCUUGUGGAGCGGGCACAUGCUGUUUCAAAGGCAUGGGAUGAUGCUCCUGUUGUGAUUGCUGGUGAUUUCAACUCUACCCCUAAGAGUCCAUUAUAUGAAUACCUAUCUAAAUAUGAGUUGGACAUAUCUGGCCUGGCACGAAACCAAAUCUCAGGACAGACAGAGAGCAAGCCCUCUUUCAGACAAAGUCCUCCAAACAGAGAUGUUCUAGAUCUUGCACGCAUGGCAGGUACAAUUUCUCCAAAUGUGAUGGACAAUGAAGUGGUACCCAAUGAUAAAAUUGACACAAAUUCUCCAACUUUAAGGGACAGCAUCAGUGAAGAAAAUACCCCAAAUGCCUUGACAGAUACAUCCAUGAAAUGCUCAUCUUUACCAGCAGAGAAAGAUCUAGUGUCAGCUGGUAGCAAAAGUGAAAAAUAUCCGCCAGGGCCACGAUGCACUUUAGAAUGCAUAAAUAGUUCAAUUAUUGAUACAAAAGUCAGCCAUGGAAAGGUAAAGCAAACAAGUCAAUGUCUAAGUGCACUGGAAACUGUUAAGAGGAAUGCAUCACAGACAGAGGGAGGUGGUGACUACAGUUCUUCAGAAGUGAAAGGGACCCAGGAUAAGAGGUAUCCCUCUGAAUUUGAAACAGUAAACAUGGAACGGGCCGUUAAUUCCUCAGAAGACUAUUCUAUGGCUGUGACUGACAUAGGACACUGCCCCGUGUCAGCUAAGCAAGAAGUGUCAACUAUGGAUUCAUGGAAGGAUCAGAAAAGGAAAUCACUAGAUUCAUCCUCCAAUGACAGACUUCUCACAGCUGAAAAGCUAAGUGUAGUAUCAAAUGAAGAAGACAAAAGAAAGAGGCAUUUACUUUUCCAGCAAAAUGCUCAAGAAACUGCAACCAGAGAGGAGGAUGACUUCAUUUUAACUAUUUCAAAAGCAAGAGCAUCUGGAAGUAGUAUUGGAUCCCUAUCGUUUCUGAACGAGACAUCUCCCAAUGAAGUUAAAAGUAAACUGUCAGGACAUGAACGCAGUUCCUUAGAAUCUUGCCAGUUGAAAAAUGUAUUAAGAGAAACUCACUCUCUGUUAGGGAAGGAGGUUGCUUUGGAGGGUGACAUUGAGAAAAAUAUUGACCUUAAUGCAAACCAUUCUCUGCAAUACAGAGAAGUUUUAACUAUUGAUGCUUCAGAUGACUGUAGGAGGCACUCACCAAGUGCAAAUUCUAGCAUACUUUCAGCUGUGGAACCAGUAGUGACAUCAUCACCAAGUGAGGUAAAGGAAACCAAAGAACUUUCACACCAACAGGAGAUGUUCAAGAAGAAUGAAAGUGUGAUGGAGGAUGAUAAUGAAAAUAGCUCUUCAGUAGUGACGAAUGGUUUUGGGAGUGACAAACGCCCUCAACUUCAGGUUGAGUUGUGUCCCGAAGAAGUUGGAAGAGAACAUGCAGGACAAAGUGUUUCCCAUGAUGAAUUUCAACAUGUUGCUGCAAAUACUGAGAAAGUAAGUAUGGAAAAUAACACUACUGGCUCUGGUGGGAUGGGAAUAAUUGAUGAUAUAGUGAGUGAAAAACAGCAUUUACCUAAUGCAAAUGUUCACAAUUCUAAUGUAGGGCCUAUGAAUCAGAAAGAGACUUUGAAACAAUUUGAUCAACUAUCUAUUCUUCCUUUUGAAAGUGCUGAGUUGAACAUAAGAGAGAUUUCAUCAGAGUCAUCACUUGGAAAGAACAUCGAAAGUCAGGGAGAAGAGGAGAGAUCUAUGAAUGUGGAUGGGGUUAUAAAAAUCCCUCUGCUGCAUGUUGAGAAUGGGAUGGAUAUGGAUAUACGUGAAAAUGAGCUGGGGCUUGAAUCAAGAAAUCAGACGAGUGAAUUUUAUUCAGGUUCUGUCUCUGAUUCCAGAAACUCUGCAGAGGCGACAAUAGCACCAUAUGAUCCAUACUCUUGGAGUCCAAUGGAAAUUGAGGCAGCGACAGGAAAUGCCGACUGCUGUUUUCUUCAACAUGAUCUAAAAUUGAGAAGUACAUAUACUGAAGUUGAGGAUUAUGCUGGCACAAAAGACUCAAAUGGGGAGCCACAAGUCACAAGCUACCAUAGGCGAUUUAUGGGUACUGUGGACUAUAUUUGGUGCACUGAGGGUCUCCAGACUGUUAAAAUAUUGGAUAGUUUACCAAUACAUGUUCUUCAGCGUACAAGGGGAUUUCCAACAAGGAAAUGGGGAAGUGAUCAUCUAGCUUUAGCUUGUCAGCUUGCGUUUACCCCAAAAACAUCAACAAAUGGAGAUCACUGAGCAGAUUUGUUAUGAACACAGUUGGUUCUGUUGCAUCUGGCCUACACAAUUCUGUUUCAAACAUAUGUUACAUCUGUGAGUUCCAUUGUAUAUAGAAUCUCUGUGAAUAAAUGAGAUUUUAUCAGCUAUAUACAGAAGUAAUUUUCUUGUUGCUUGUUAGAAAAUUUGGAUGACCUAGACACUUGCUUCGUUACAAAAUUUGGAUGGCCUAGAGUCUUGCUUUGUUAUAUUCAUUUCAACCAGUAAUGUAAACUUUUUAUAUUGUUCAGUUUAUUAUUGAAUUUUAUUGGUUUUGGAGAACUGUUUAAAAGAA